ACAUACAGCCUGGAACAUCCCUUGCCUGGAAAUUAACACACCUGAAAGGAUGGAAUGCUGAAAGAAGGUAGUUUCACUCUGCAUCAUCUACUGAGAGUAGGUGGUCAGAAAUUAAUAGAAGUGGAAGAAGACUAUUUAAAAGGGACUCACCUGAAAGAAUGGUACCCCAGGAGCCCUACAGAAGUGCACCAGGAGCUGAGUAUUAUCCACAAGAAUUUGGCAAUGUAUUGCCCUGGGAGCUGCUUCUUCCUCCUAACUGGCUGCCUCAUUGCUGCAUCCCUUGGUGAUCCCCAGCACAGCAGCCACCAGUGCUUCCAGAGUGUGCCCUGGGGUGAGCUUUUACAGGAGAUUGAGCAACUGAACAAAAGAGGCUUUUCCUUGGAGUGUGAGGAAGUGAGCAAUGAAGACUUGUGUUCCCCUGAGCAGAUGCUGAAAGCAGUUAAAUAUGAUAAUGCAGCCAUUGUUCAUAUAGUGCAUGAAAUUGCUGAGUUUUUCAAGAGAGCAGACACUCCUUUUCAAGACAAGAACAUUUUUCUGAGAGGAAUGUAUGAGGCUCAUGCUCAGCUCAAGACAUGUCUGAAGUCCAGGCGUAACAUCAGCCAUGAGUCUGUAGUGAAAGACUGCUUCAAAAAAAUGGAUGAAUUUGUGGCCAAGUCAAAUGACCACUGCAUUUGGCAAGAGAUCCAUGCACAUUCCAGAGAGAUACUCCAAAGAAUUGAAAACUACUCUUUCAAGAGAAGAGUAACACAUUAGCAAAGCCAACUGCCAUCAAAUACUUCAAGGAUCUACAAUCAUGCCAAGAUGUAAAAAUUAAAGGAAGAAAAAAUCACAUUGUUUUCAUUUAGGACUAUAAACAGAUUAAUUUAUUUUUGUCAAGAUAUUUUUCUAAACUACUAUAAAAACUUCAGCCUUAAUAAAAAGAUGCAAAAACCCCUAUGG